GCUCCCAAGGAAACGGUCGUAUAGUAUCACUCAACUGAUUUCGAUUUUGGAACACCAUUUGUUUUCAAAUUACAUUCCAUUCUGUGGACUUUGUGACGUCGAAGAAUUUGAUCGGCUACCUUUAAUUGAAAGCCACCACGAUGGUAACCAACACGACCCUACUCCUCAUCUUCGUGACCUUGGCGUCGGUGACGGCUCAGACCUUCCAAUACUCUCGCGGAUGGACGAACGGCAAGAGGGACGGACACAAGCGGACUGAGGAUCUCAGGGACAUCGCCAAUAACAUUGACAAGAUCUUCUCGCCCUGCCAAAUCAACAAGCUCAAGUACAUUCUGGAAGGAAAGCCCGUCACUGAUAGGUUGCUGGUGCCAUGCGACUUGUUGGACACCGAGGAGUCUCCAAGGAGGUACACAGAAAGAAAUCUGGACGCACUUAUGGAAGCCUUUCAUUGAAAAUCCCCUACACUCUUAAUGUGCCAAACAGAAGAAGUAUAAUGACAUUAUUGAUAUUAUUAUUUCAUAGUUAUUAGUUAGGUAAUACAAGGACC